CGACCGUUUAUCGAGCAGUGAACAAUGACUCUUUGAAGUAUUUUUUGAGUUUUCUGAUUCAGUUUAGUUUUCACUCGUGUUUUUUCACUUGGACACAUUUAUUUUUUUGGAAUAAUCGAGUGAAUAAGAAAACAAUUGUGCGAGGGUCAAUCAGAAAAAGUAUCAAAAUGAUAUCAGAAAAAAAACAAAGAUUGAGAAUUUGUUAUAAAGUUGGAAUUAUAUUCCUUCUGAUUGGCUCGGUUAUUUCUUUGGAACACACUGAAAUUGUGCCAUCUAAUCAUAGAAACGUAUCCGCUCUAAUGAGCUUAAUGCCAGAAGCCAGGAACUCUGAAGAUCAGGAUAUGAAAAAUCAAACAAUUCGGUCAUCUAACAUUGACUUAACAACGGAAGAAUACUCGAUUCCAUAUACCCCAAACAUUAGUAAAGAUUUAAAGAAAGUAAAAAUUCCUUUAAAGUCAACAUCGAGCGGAAAUCAUUACAGUUCGAGAAUUGUAAAAAUUGUAUCUAAGAAGGACAGUUAUCUUGAAGCACUAGAACACUCACACACUAGCAAAGAUCCAAAAGAAGGUGUAGUACAUGUGGAUGUCAAGCCGGUCAGAUCAAAACUAAACAGAAGAGAGUACAUUCAAGGACCAGUUUAUAAGCCGGAGACAGAAUACGGUGCUCCGAAAGAACCUAGUGGAAUAUAUAAUCCACCAAAUGGCUUGGGAAGCUCCUCAAAGGCGACAAAGAACUUAUAUAGUUCACCAAGUUCUAACAACUUUUUCUCUAAACCUACGGAUAGUUACUCGCUGCCUGAUCAGUCUUCAGUCAAUUUUCAAGAUUACUCUGCUUAUCUUAGUGAUCCUCAAACCACUUAUGGCCCACCUCAAACCAAUUAUGGUCCGCCUCAAAGCGCUUAUGGUCCACCUCAAAGCGCUUAUGGUCCACCUCAAAGCGCUUAUGGUCCACCUCAAAGCGCUUAUGGUCCACCUCAAAGCGCUUAUGGUCCACCUAGUAACAAAUACGGUGUAUCUGCUCAUCCUCAACUAUAUGAUGAGUUAUCUCCGGGGAACUCGUACUUGUCGCAUCAGCAAGGUGAGGAGAGAGGGUACGAUAGUUCAGCCAUGAAUUAUGGUACUCCUUACGGAUAUCCCAGUUCAUCUAUUAUUGAAUUUCCUAAGAUCGACUUCUCCUGGCCAUUUGCUCUUAAAUUGAAUGCUUUUACCCUCGCAAAGAUCCUCUUGAAGUUGGUUCUUUUCAAGAUGAUCGUCAAAUUCAUCGCCGUGAUUUGUUUGUUGCUUUUCAUACCUAAAUUAGAGAUUAUCAAGAAGCCAAAUAAAGAUGAAUCCGAGGAAGAAGAAGGUCGUCAUUAUUUUGGGUCUAACGCAGAUCUAAAUCUUUUAACCGAAAUGGUUAUGAGCUCCGUUGAGAAAUAUACAGCGUUAAAUAAAGCUAAAAACGACGAGGUUUGCACAACGACGAUGUGUCUUCUUCGAAGAGCGUUCUUUUAUAAGGAAUCUUGGAAGAAUUACGUAGAGUUGUUUAAAAGUUACUUAUUAGAAGAAAGAGAGAAGGAAAUUGUCGAAUCAAAGCGACUAUCAAAACGAUGAAUCAUAACGUGGUCGUUAGAAAAAGUUGAUCAUUGCCAAUGGUACCUAAUUUAUAGUUUCCAAUUAUUUAUUUAUAUAUGUAUUUAUUUAAUUAUUAUGAAAUUUCAAAUAAAAUAGAUCAUGUGUGUGUGUGUGUGUGUGUGUGUGUGCGUACGUGUGUGUUCGAAAGUAAUAUAAAAAAUCCGACACACUCGGAUCUCGUUAAUUGUUCACAUAAUAAAAAAAUUAUAAGAUAAUUCAGAAAUAAAGAGAAGUUUCUGUUUCGUUUGGCCGGCUAGUUAAUGCAAAGUUAAGUACGAAGAACGAUUAUCGUCGUUCCCAUAUCAUUUUACAUAUGCUCUCUACGUAGUUAGCUCAAUGGCAGUCUUGAUGCGAUCAUCUGAAACUUUUUCAGGGGGGGAUAGCUCCAGGGAAUAGGUUAUAAAUGUCGUAGCGGAGUAUAACGUCGUGUCAGUCUCAUUUCAAUAACCAUCUGAAAGUGAGCUGGAACGGUAAGCCGAAUUGGAUAAUAAACAUCUUUUUUGAGAA